CAGAUUGCCGUUGCACCUUCCAUCCAUGCUGUCGCCGCGGUGAUAUAUCACAGAUCGUGGAGGGGCGCUCUAUCAUUAGCCGACACAACCCCCUCUCCACUUCGGAGGGCAACAACAAUAGCAUUGACCGGGUGAUAAACAGGCUCGCGUUGACCGGGGUACACGAUCCAAAUGAGGUUUGGGCAUGCAUCGUCGGCCGUGUUGCCUCAUCAAAGACGGAUACCCUGUGGCCUUGUCGUACUAUUCUGGACUUGGUGUGCUUGGGAAACGUUGCAGGUGCAUGGAUGGUGCGAUAUCCGGCUGGGAGUGAGACAGAGGCAUGCAUCCCACGAGCCACGGCUCGCGUCCUUCCCCCCCCCUCCGAGCUCGACAGCCUGGGCCUUCCCCUCCUGGCGGCGCAGGAGAAGGGAUAAAAAUCUUGGGUACUCGCUGCUUGAAGGCGGUGGGAAGCCCUCGACUAGUGUUCUGUUCGCAGAGGCCGGCAUUGAGAGUAAUGGAGAGGGCCGGGGGGGCGUGGGUAAGAACCGCACGAGCAGGACAAGCGGCGGCCACAGCUCCCACCACGGAAGGCACAGGGGGGAGUCGCGAAGGCAGGGUGGUGCACGCAAGAGUGGAAGACAUGUGAGGCGUGGGUAUGCCCGGCAAGAACCAUGUCCUACGGGAUCGCCAUUGGGAGGCGACGAGGACGUUGUACAUAUCGGAAGAGGGGGCCCUCGUGGCAGCGGGAGGCACGGGGGGGGGGGCGGGGGCCGUGAGCAUGGG